CAUGGAUCAGUGUGAGGACAGAAAGGAGGGAGUCCCUCCCUCUAAAACCACUCAGAGGGACCGACGUAGACCAGAAUUCAGCUAUGAGAGGAACCGAGUGAAAGAUUUCAUUAACACAUUUGAACAAAAACAGUCAUCUGCGAAAGAGAAACACCAGAGACUCAAACCUGGAACUGAGCCCAGCUGUGUGUCAUUAAUGAGUGACCGGUCUAAAGAUGCAGUCACGGGUUUUAAAAGCCAGCAGGUGUCUGCUGCAGAGAGGACCAAUGGGAGACGUGCUGAAUCUGGACCCAGCUGCAUUUCUUUAAAGAGUGACCGGUCUAAAGAUGCAGUCACUGGUUUUAAAGGCCAGCAGACAUCUGCCGCGAAGAGGAUCUAUGGGAGAGCUGCUGGACCUGAACCUGAAAGUAGACCUGAACCUGGACCCAGCUGUGUGUCGUUAAAGAGUGACCGGUCGAAAGAUGCAGUCACAGGUUUUAAAAUGCAGCCGGUGUCUGCUGUAGAGAGUGUUGACCAGGAGAGCUCAGAGGUUCCCAGUACUAAUGCUGCCGGGCAGACAGAAACACACCUGGACUCCAUAUUUAUGCUGCUGGAGGACAACAUCAUCACUUUUGUGAAGAACGAACUGAAGAGGAUCCAGAAGGUUCUCAGUCCAGAUUACCCAGAAUACUUAAAGAAUCAGAGGGAGGAGGAUGAGAAGACGAGGAGCAGCAGAGAGGCAUUUCUAAAGAUAACACUAAACUUCCUGAGGAAAAUGAAGCAGGAAAAGCUUGCUGACCAACUGCAGAGCAGAAUUCCUGCUUCAGUUUGUCAGCGUGAACUUAAAUCUAAGCUAAAGAAGAAGUUCCACUGUGUGUUUGAGGGGAUCGCUAAAGCAGGAAACCCAACCCUUCUAAAUCAGAUCUACACAGAGCUCUUCAUCACAGAGGGAGGGACUGCAGAGGUCAAUGAUGAACAUGAGGUCAGACAGAUUGAAACAGCAAACAGGAAACCAGACAGACCAGAAACAAUAAUCAGACAAGAGGACAUCUUUAAAGCCUCACCUGGAAGAGAUGAACCAAUCAGAACAGUGCUGACAAAGGGAGUGGCUGGCAUUGGGAAAACAGUCUUAACACAGAAAUACACCCUGGACUGGGCUGAAGACAAAGCCAACCGGGACAUCCAGUUCAUAUUUCCUUUCACUUUCAGAGAGCUGAAUAUGCUGAAAGACCAAAAGUUCAGUUUGGUGGAACUUGUUCAUUACUUCUUUACUGAAAUCAAAGAAGCAGGAAUCUGCAGCUUUGAAGACUUCCAGGUUGUGUUCAUCUUUGAUGGUCUGGAUGAGUGUCGACUUCCUCUGAACUUCCAUAAAACUAUAAUCUUAACUGACCCUAGAAAGUCCACCUCAGUGGAUGUGCUGCUGAUAAAUCUCAUUAUGGGGAACCUGCUUCCCUCUGCUUGCCUCUGGAUAACCACACGACCUGCAGCAGCCAAUCAGAUUCCUCAAGGCUGUGUCGGCUUGGUGACAGAGGUCAGAGGGUUCACUGACCCACAGAAAGUGGAGUAUUUCAGGAAGAAAUUCAGAGAUAAGGAGCAAGCCAGCAGGAUCAUCUCCCACAUCAAGACAUCACGAAGCCUUCACAUCAUGUGCCACAUCCCAGUCUUCUGCUGGAUCACUGCUACAGUUCUGGAGGAUGUGCAGAAAACCAGAGAGGGAGGACAGCUGCCCAAGACCCUGACUGAGAUGUACGUCCACUUCCUGGUGGUUCAGGCCAAAGUGAAGAAGGUCAAGUAUGAUGGAGGAGCUGAGACAGAUCCACACUGGAGUCCAGAGAGCAGGAAGAUGAUUGAGUCUCUGGGAAAACUGGCUUUUGAUCAGCUGCAGAAAGGAAACCUGAUCUUCUAUGAAUCAGACCUGACAGAUUGUGGCAUCGAUAUCAGAGCAGCCUCAGUGUACUCAGGAGUGUUCACACAGAUCUUUAAAGAAGAGGGAGGACUGUACCAGGACAAGGUGUUCUGCUUCAUCCAUCUGAGUGUUCAGGAGUUUCUGGCUGCUCUUCAUGUCCAUCUGACUUUCAUCAAUUCUGGAGUCAAUCUAAUGAAAAACCAAACAACCACCCAGAAGUCUGAAACAAAAGAAUCUGCAGAGAAACAUUUCUACCAGACUGCUGUGGAUAAGACCUUACAGAGUUCAAAUGGACACCUGGACUUGUUCCUCCGCUUUCUUCUGGGUCUUUCGUUGGAGACCAAUCAAACUCUCCUACGAGGUCUUCUGACACAGACAGGAAGUCGCUCACAGACCAAGCAGGAAACUGUCCAGUACAUCAAGAAGAAACUCAAUGAGAAUCUGUCUGCAGAGAAAAGCAUCAAUCUGUUCCACUGUCUGAAUGAACUGAGUGAUCGUUCUCUAGUGGAUCAAAUCCAACAGCAUAUGACAUUAGGACUUCUCUCUUCACUGUCUCCUGCUCAGUGGUCAGCUCUGGUCUUCAUCUUACUGUCAUCAGAAGAAGAUCUGGAUGUGUUUGACCUGAAGAAAUACUCUGCUUCAGAGGAGGCUCUUCUGAGGCUGCUGCCAGUGGUCAAAGCCUCAAACAAAGCUUUGUAA